AUGCGGACACUUUUCGGUGCGUCCGAUUCAAAAUUGCUGCGAAAUAUCAGUAAUUGGCUCACAGGUUCUGCAAGCGAUUGGUACUUGCAACUAUCGCAAGCACAUCGUUUGCCAGAAACCUGGUCACAGUUUAAAAGGCUGUUUCUCGCUCAUUUUCGAAGCCCCGAACGAGUUGAAGCUCUGAAAAUUGAGCGUAGCCGUUGUGCUCAAAAGGAAAAUGAAACAGCAGCUGAUUUCUAUCAACGAUAUCUCGGGUUAAAUCUUGAGAUCAAUCCGAAAUCAAAUGAGAAGCAGUUAAAAAAAUAUUUUAUGCGAAAAUUGCGUCCAGCACUUCGUCUCUGGGUGAAAGGUGAUCCGGAAAGAAUGUCGAUAGAUGAGAUACUCAAGAUGGCUGAAAAAGCGGAGAUUGAACUUUUGUAUCAACGAAAGGAAGAAGUUCAGAGAGCUAUGCCAGAGCGUUAG